AUAGCUAACCAGGUUUUGGAAUUUCAGCCACCUUUGACCUUGACUGCAAUAAACUACAACUCUACGACAAACCGUCAGAUCUCACCGUCAAAUCACCGUUACAUAUUUGGACGGAGAAAUCGUCACGUUUUUUCAACUCCCAAUAAAUUUAUAUCCCAUACCCAGUUAUCGUUUCUUGUUUUUCCUUCCGUUUUCCAUCUGUAUCUCUCUAAUUAUAGACACAUCCCAAACAAAUUUUAAAUGAUCUUGAUCUCAAAUUUGUGUUAAAAGGGCGUAAUCUUGAUCAUAAUUUAAGCAGUUUUAAAGACAUGGGUGUUGAUCUUGAAUCUUUAUCCGAGGCCACCUCAGGUGCCAUUGGUUCUUUACUCAGUACUACCAUUUUAUACCCUCUUGAUACUUGUAAAACCAAAUACCAAGCCGAGGUUCGUGCUCAUGGUCAGCGUAAAUACAGGCACCUUUCUGAUGUUUUAUUGGAAGCUAUAUCCAACGGACGGAUAUUUUCACUAUACCAAGGCCUAUGGACAAAAAAUUUGCAGUCUUUCAUUUCACAGUUUGUCUACUUCUACGGGUAUAGCUACUUUAAAAGACUGUAUCUGACAAAAAGUGGUUCCAAAAGGAUUGGAACAAAAGCAAACUUGGUUAUUGCUGCUGUUGCUGGCGCUUGCACCGCCAUUGCCACUCAGCCCCUAGAUACUGCUGCCUCAAGAAUGCAGACAAGUGCCUUUGGCAAAUCAAAAGGGCUAUGGCAGACAUUGACUGAAGGCACGUGGAGCGAUGCGUUUGAUGGCCUUGGCAUAUCGCUUCUGCUUACCUCUAAUCCCGCAAUCCAGUAUACAGUGUUUGAUCAGCUCAAACAAAAACAUCUAGCGGGAAAACAAAAUGCAUCAGACAAUAGUUCGUCUGCGAAAGCCCUGUCUGCCUUCUCUGCUUUUGUUUUAGGUGCAGUUUCAAAAAGUAUCGCUACAGUCAUUACAUAUCCAGCGAUUAGGUGUAAGGUAAUGAUUCAAGCAGCUGACGACGAAGACGACGAGAGUAAGAAAAAAACUCAACCAAAAUCGAUCAAAACAGUGCCCGUAGUUGUGCAAGCGAUCUGGAAGCGCGAAGGACUUUUGGGAUUCUUCAAGGGACUACAAGCUCAGAUCUUGAAGACGGUACUGAGCUCAGCAUUGCUUCUGAUGAUCAAAGAGAAAAUUUCCAGAAAUACUUGGGUUGUCAUUCUGGCAGUCACAAGGUAUUUAUUGAUCCCGACGAACAGAAUAAAAAAAGAGUGAUACGAAUUAGUUGUUUGUAAAUAGUUUGGCUCUGUUUGAAUAUCAAGAAAAAUAGACGAUAUUUUCAGAGCCAAAUUUAAAUCCUGAAUAAGUAUAUUAUUUGAAAUGUAGCUGAUCUUGGCAAAGGAUACAAAUUUAUCCUCAGGAUUAAGCUAUAAUAUAAUUUGUGAUCAAAUAAAAAUGCAUUGCGGGAAUAUCUUAGACUGUGAAGAAGAGACUAAUUGAUUGUAGUAUGUAUUUCAUAUUUAAUAUCAGUUCGUCCUUUUUCAUUUCA